AGCACCGAAGCGACGGGGGGUACGCACACAAGCGAGAACCGCCGUCCGUGCGCGAGAGUGCGGACGUACCUAUUGUCUCCUUACUCUUACUUUGUGACUACUGAGCCACAUCUGCACCAAACCUAUUGUAUAUUGUGUGUGUGUUUAGUCUGGAAAUUUAUUGAUAAAAAAUCAAGAAUUAUGGCGGCCGGUCCGAUCGCAGAGCGUAAUCAAGAUGCAACGAUAUAUGUUGGAGGAUUGGAUGAUAAAGUCACAGAAUCUCUUAUGUGGGAAUUAUUUGUCCAAUCAGGACCCGUUGUUAAUGUACACAUGCCGAAAGAUAGAGUAACUCAAAUGCAUCAAGGAUAUGGUUUUGUUGAAUUCAUGGGUGAAGAAGAUGCAGAUUAUGCCAUUAAGAUUAUGAAUAUGAUCAAGUUAUACGGCAAACCUAUAAGAGUAAACAAAGCUAGCGCGCAUCAAAAGAAUUUGGACGUCGGAGCGAAUAUAUUCAUAGGAAAUCUAGAUCCGGAAGUAGACGAAAAAUUGUUGUACGACACCUUCAGUGCUUUCGGCGUGAUUUUACAAACCCCAAAAAUAAUGAGGGAUCCCGAGACAGGCAAUUCGAAAGGUUUCGCUUUUAUCAAUUUUGCUUCUUUCGACGCCUCGGACGCGAGUAUCGAAGCUAUGAACGGCCAGUAUCUGUGCAAUCGGCCAAUUUCGGUUUCGUACGCCUUCAAACGUGACGCCAAAGGCGAGAGACACGGGAGCGCAGCGGAAAGGCUUCUAGCCGCGCAAAAUCCACUGAGUCAAGCGGACAGACCUCAUCAGUUGUUCGCUGACGCGCCACCGUUGGCGCCGCCACCAAUGCCGAAUUCGAACGCAAACGCUCAUCAGCCGGCUCAUCAUCCGCAGCAUCACGUGAUGCAUCACGGAAUGGUCGUGCCGCCUCCGCCACCGCCGGCAACUCCAGGACCGCCAAUGGGUCAUCCACCCCCGCCACCCGUGCCGCCGCCGCCAUCCGGUGGUUUCCCACCGGCGAAUAUUCCUCCGCCUCCUCUUCCUCCGAUGUCAAUGGCCGCGCAUCCUCCUCUACCGCCUGGCAUGCCGCCGCCGUUGCCGCCGAUGCCCGUGCCGACGUCUCAAGCGCAACCAGCCGCUUCAAGAAUGAUGGCACCGCCACCUCCACAUUGGGCCGUGGGAGCGCCGCCGCAGGGACAAUUUCCACCACCUCCGCCACCAUCUUCCACCGGUGGACCGCCACAAUUCGGACAGUUUCAACCACCGCCGCCAAGACCACCGCCAACUUGGCGACAUCCGCCACCGCCGCCCGUUUCCCAAGGCGGUCCGCCACCUCCGCCUCCUCCUCAAUUCCGACCGCCAUUUCCGCCAAGAGGACCACCGCCGCCGCCGCCACCGCACGAUGGCAAUCAAUAUUAAUACUAGUGUCUUUUACAUAUUGCGGACAAUGGUCGAUAAACAUCUAUUACAUCUAAUAUAUUAAUUUAAAUUUCACAAAAGUGGACAGUGGAUAUGUUACUGUCAAAAAUUUGAAAAAUCACCGAUGACAAUUAACAUUCUUGUAAAACUGACUUUUUGUAUUUAAAUAAAUUACUCACAUUCCCAUAUUUGA